AUGACACGUCCAUUGCCUGGAUAUAUUACUUAUAAUAUGAGAAUCUCGUAUUAUAUUGAAUCGGGAAGCCAAACAACACCAGAAAAAUGUCUGUCUAAUCCUUGGCAUGGAAAAGGUUUUUGUGAACCUCAUCAAUAUAAAGCAGCCAUUGAUCGUUGUGAAGGUGGACAUAAAUCAUGUGAUUUAGGUAUUGAAAUUUAUAAAGAACUUGUUAAAGUUCUUGAAAAUUGUUCUGAAUCUUUACGUCAAUGGUCAUUGAUAAGUCAAAAAAAAAUUGUUCAAUCAAAAGAAUUUGGUACAACAAGAACUGUAUGGAUUGAGUCUAUACAAGCAAUAGAAAAAUUAGCUGAAAGAAAUGAUGAUAUAACGAAUAAUAUUCAACAAAAUGUUAUUGAUAAAAUGAUUGCUUAUAAAAAUUCAAAAUAUGAAAAAUCAUUUCUUCAUGUAAAAAAAGUUAAAGAAUUUGAAAAAGAUUUUAAGAAAAUACAAAAACCAUGGUUAGAAUUAUUAAAUAAAAUUAAUGAAGCAAAACAAGAAUUUCAUCAUGCAAGUCGAAAAUUACAUCAAGCUAAACGAGCAGAAAAUGUUAUUAAAACUGAUGUAGGUUCGGCGGAUGAACAAAAGAAAAAAGUUAAAGAUAGUGUUGAUCAUUAUGAAGCUGAAACAAAAUCAUGUAAAAAUAGAUAUUCUAAAUUAAUUGAUGAUAUGAAAGCAAAACAACCAACUUAUCAAGAAGAAAUGUUUAAAGUAUUAUCACGUACAGAUGAUUUUGAACGAGAUCGUUUAAAUCAAUUUAAAUUAAUGUUUGAUGCUCUUCAAGAAGCAGUGUCAAUUGAAAAGGAUAAACGUCAUGCUGAAAUGUCUACUCUAUUUAAAAAUUCAAUCAACAAGCAUGAUAUUAAAAAUGAUAUUCAAUAUUUUAAUAUACAUUAUGGCUGUGAAACAAAAACUAAAUGGCCUGUCUUUGAAGAUGUACAUGAAUAA